GAACACGAGAAAGUACGUAUACAGUCCUCCAUGUAUUCCUUUUUCCUCUGCUCAAAGUGUUGUAUAUAAACAGCCCCUCAUUCGGUCAUUUUCCUUCAACUUCACCCCUUUGAUUAUAUCAUUUUGAUUUUACCCCAAACGAAGAAAACAUGAGCAGACCAGGAGAUUGGAACUGCAGGUCAUGCCAGCACUUGAACUUCCAAAGGAGGGACAACUGCCAACGUUGUGGGGAAUCCCGGUCUGGUGGAUUUGGUGCUCGUAGUGCGUCGACGUUCGGGUUUACCGCGGCGGCCACUGGCUCGGAUGUUCGACCCGGUGAUUGGUACUGCACCGCGGGAAACUGCGGCACUCACAAUUUCGCCAGCCGCUCGACUUGCUUCAAUUGUGGCACGUUCAAGGAUGAGUCGGCCGUCGGAGGUUACGACUUUGAUAUGACUCGGUCGAGAGGAUUCGGAGGAAAUCGAUCCGGUUGGAAAUCCGGCGACUGGUUGUGUACAAGGUCGGGUUGCAACGAACAUAAUUUCGCUAGCCGAAUGGAAUGUUUCAGAUGCAGUGCCCCAAGGGACUUCAGCAAUAGAUCUUCAUACUAAAACACAUGCUAAACGUACCAUCCAUUUUUGGGUGUUCGAAGGCAAUUUAAGAGAGACUUGAGGUGUGACAAAUGGGAAUUGUCCCUUAGCAUUUUGUAGUACUUUUUUGGUGAUGAUUAUGCUUUUCUAAUUUUUAUGGUUUUAUUGUUCUUUUUAGAGAGUUUAUUUAUUAUAUUUUUGUAAUGGUACUUUGCCUUUUCUUAAAAGAAGAUGAAUCUCUUCUGUUCUUC